AUGACGAGCCAUCCGGAAUACAACGAGAAGACAACGGCAACCGAAGUUGCAAAUGCAUUUUCAGAUCGGAUUCGCGAUAGAAAUGAGGCCUCUGCAGUUGUCAUCACCGGAGUAGGACCGAACAGUCUCGGAGAGGCGUUAGCCGUCGCCAUCGCAGCCCAUUCACCGGCAAAGCUUUUCCUCGCAUCACGAACAAAGGCCAAACUAGACGAAGUCCUGAAGAAGAUUUCUACAGAAAGACCCCGGGCAUCCUCCAACGUGGAACUCGUCAUAUUAGAUCUGGCGUCACAAAAGUCAGUCCGAGAAGCAGCAGGUCAAAUUCUAAGUAAUGUGAACCAUAUCGACAUCUUGAUCAACAAUGCAGGCUUGAUGAUUCUCAAGCAAGAAUUUACCGCGGAAGGCAUCGAGCUCCAGUUUGGCACUAAUCACAUCGGUCAUUUCCUAUUCACAAACCUACUCUCGGAGAAGAUGGGUCCGGAUGUUGGAUCAUCACAAGGCGCCGGGUCGACGAGGAUUGUCAAUGUUACAAGUGCUGGACAUCGCCUUUCGCCGUUCCGGUUCCACGAUUACAAUAUUGACGGAAAGCCCGUUCCAGAUGAGGAGCAGCCUCCGGCAGCGAUGAUUGCUGCGUAUGGUAAAGUUGAGGCAUAUAAUGGUUGGAUUGCAUAUGGGCAGUCCAAGACUGCUAAUAUAUUGUUCUCGGUGGACUUGAAUCAGAGACUCAAGGCAAAGGGUGUAGCGUCUUAUGCCGUUCAUCCAGGAUCCAUCUGGACAGGUCUCGCACGAAAUCUCGACGAAGAAGGGACCGAGAUACUUUCCAAAACAGGUUCUUACUGGAAAUCGAUAGACGAAGGUGCAGCUCCUAUGAUGGUUGCGGCCUUGGAUCCUGCCCUUGACGGCACCCCCGAGCCCAAAGGUGUUUAUAUCAGCGAUUGUCAGAUCGCCGAAGCAGCCCCGUGGGCAACGGACCUUGAUGCAGCCAAGAAGCUCUACGAGUUGAGCGCGAAUCUGGUUGGUAUGACCACUGCAUAG